CCAAAGCUUGAAGCACAUUUUAAGGGGGGAAGAAGAAACGAAAGAAGACACCUGUAAAUUCAACUAGUUCUUCAGCGUUACAAAGAAAACACAGGUUUUCCUCUGUCGUUUCAAAGGGGGCGGAAUCCGACGGUCUGAAAUUUCAAAACUUUUGGCUAACUCGAGAUCUGUUCUGGGAAGAGAUAGAGAUUAGAGAGUGAUGACGGAGGUGGCGACGUCGACGGCGACGACGAAGGAACUGAGUCCCGACGAAGAGAGGGUUUUAAUCAGAGACAUCGCCAUUACUGCCGAAGCUAACACUAAAGAAGGCGAUUCCUUUUUUCUCAUCACUCAAAAAUGGUGGCAACACUGGAUUGAUUAUGUGAACCAAGAGCAGCAGCUGAAUAAUAACAACAACACCAACGAAGGAAGCUCUUCUUUGGCAGGGAAUUCGGAUUCACCUCGUUUGACUACUUUGAAAAGGCCUUCAGGGAUUGAUAAUUCUGAUUUGAUAUCAGAUGGGCCUUCGGAGGACUCAAGCCCCGGCAGCGGUGUUGAGAUUCAUGAUACUUUAUUAGAAGGCCGUGACUAUGUCUUACUACCUCAACAAGUUUGGAACCAGCUUUAUUCAUGGUAUGGUGGUGGUCCAACAUUGUCACGGAAAGUAAUUGAUUCAGGUCUUUCUCAGACAGAGUUUGCUGUGGAGGUUUAUCCACUGCGUCUGCAACUUCUUGUGACACCGAAAGGUGAUCGCUCUACUAUAAGAAUAAGCAAGAAGGAAACCAUUGGUGAGCUUCACCGGCGAGCAUGUGAGAUUUUUUAUCUCAACUUGGAACAAGUUUGUAUUUGGGAUUACUAUGGUCAUCGGAAACAUGCUUUGAUGAAUGAUAUGGAUAAAACACUUGAUGAUGCCAACAUACAGAUGGAUCAGGAUAUUUUGGUGGAGGUCCUUAACAAUGUUAAUGGUACUGAAUUAAGUGGCGGUAUAAGUUUUCCAGACAAUGGAUUUGCAGAUAAGGAAGCUACUUCUGUACUUCUAGAGCCUUCUAAGUCAAGCUUAUCAAUUGCAGGAGGCCUGUCGGCAAACAAGAUUGCAUCCAGAGGUUAUGGUGCAGAGCACAUGCAAAGUCAGACCUUGAGUUAUCCUGGUAGAGAGUUGGAUAACACUUAUGCGAACAGUGGUGUUAUUACGAGGGGGGCUUCUGGUGGUUUGACUGGGCUGCUGAAUCUUGGGAAUACUUGCUUUAUGAAUAGUGCAAUACAGUGCCUUGUUCAUACACCAGAGUUUGCUAGAUACUUCCGGGAAGACUAUCAUCAGGAGAUAAAUUGGCAAAACCCUUUGGGCAUGGUUGGUGAGCUUGCUCUAGCAUUUGGUGAGUUGCUGAGAAAGCUGUGGGCACCCGGACGAACACCAGUUGCACCGCGGCCCUUUAAAGCAAAGCUUGCCCGCUUUGCACCUCAAUUUAGUGGAUACAAUCAGCAUGACUCUCAGGAGCUUUUAGCAUUUCUGCUUGAUGGACUUCAUGAGGAUCUGAAUCGUGUCAAACACAAACCUUAUAUAAAUUCUAGAGAUGCUGAUGGCCGUCCAGAUGAAGAAGUUGCUGAUGAAUAUUGGGCAAAUCAUAUUGCUCGUAAUGAUUCAAUAAUUGUUGACGUGUGCCAGGGUCAAUACAAAUCAACAUUGGUUUGUCCUGUGUGCAACAAAGUUUCUGUAACAUUUGAUCCCUUCAUGUACCUCUCCUUGCCACUCCAAUUCACCAUUACUAGGACCAUGGCAAUAACAGUUUUUACUUGUGAUGGAAGUGCUCUACCCUCAACAUGCACUGUGACUGUUCCGAAGCAGGGACGUUACAGGGACCUGAUCCAAGCGCUUAGCAAUGCUUGUUCCUUGAAGCAGACUGAGGAGAUUAAGCUUGUCGAGAUACGAAAUCAUUUGAUUCAUAGGUUUUUAGAUGAUUCUUAUAUAUCAUUGUCCACAAUCAAAGAUGAUGAUCAUCUUGCUGCAUACAAGAUUCAAAAGUCAGCGAAGGGCAAUGCUUUUCUUCAGUUGAUACAUCGCUGUCAAGAAGAGGAAAGUAGUGAUGCCCAAAGAUGGAAACCUUUCGGAACUCCUCUCAUUUCAUCACUUUCAUUUGAUGAUGUAAUUGCAAGUGGUGAUAUACAGACAAUUGUUCAGACAAUGCUUGCUCCUUUGCUGAAAGAGGGUCUAGAAUAUGCCGAUAAUUCGGAUCCAAGCACCUCUGUGGCAGCAACAGAUCCAUCUGAUCAUAGGUCUGGUGAGGUGGAUACUAACCAUGCAUCAACGUCAGCAAAUAAAAAGGUUUUACCAAAACUACCUCUUCAGUUGGUUGAUGAAAGUAUGACAUGCAUUGACCUGUCUGUGGGAGAUGAGAAAGCUGUUAAUCUGUCAGCAUCAUCGCCUAUAGUAGUAUAUCUUGAUUGGUCAUCAAAGCUUUUGGAGAAGUACAAUAUGCAUUACCUGGAGAACCUGCCUGAAGUGUUUAAAUAUGGGCCUAUUACAAAGAAAGCUCGUACUGAACCUCUCUCUUUGUAUACCUGCCUGGAGGCUUUUCUAAGAGAGGAGCCAUUGGUUCCAGAAGAUAUGUGGUACUGUCCACAAUGCAAGGAACAACGGCAAGCAAGUAAAAAGCUUGAUCUGUGGAGGCUCCCAGAAGUUCUAGUUAUUCAUCUGAAGAGAUUCUCCUAUAGCCGGUCAAUGAAGCAUAAACUAGAAACUUUUGUCAACUUUCCUGUUCAUGACUUUGACUUAACAAAUUAUGUAGCUGACAAGAGAAGUUCCCGUUCUCAGCUCUAUGACCUCUAUGCCUUGAUCAACCAUUAUGGUGGCAUGGGCAGUGGCCACUACACUGCACAUAUUAAGCUUCUAGAUGAGAAUAGGUGGUACAACUUUGAUGACAGCCAUAUAUCGCCUAUAAAUGAAGAAGAUGUAAAGUCCGCUGCUGCCUAUGUCCUAUUUUAUCGAAGGGUAAAGUCCGAUGCCUCAGCUAGUAAUGCUACAGGGUCUGGUAGAGUUCGUGACAAAACAUCUUAUAAACAUUGAAGUUCAAGGCUGUGUAUUCAUUAGCAUAGAGAAUUGGUGUCCAAGGGCAUGCAUAAACCUUUUGCUGUCAUGCAUGAAGUUCAUGAUGUAUCUGUGAUCUUUACAAAUUGAUUGGCGAUUUGCUCCAUGUGUGACUUUAUUAUUCAAUUGUUGACUGAGCAAAAAAAUUUAUGUGCCAAGAGUACCACAGUGCUUUAGUGCCAACUGCUCAGGUUGGCAGCAAACGAAGAGCAGCAAAUUACAAUUUGAUCUGAAGUUUCUUUUCCCACCUUACAGAAUAGAUUCUGUGAUAAUGGUCAUGUGCAAAGUGGACAUGUAUCAUUUGGAGGAAGAAUGUUGUAUACUUAGGUGGAUGAUAUUUUCUUCUAUCUUUUAGGUCAGAUAUGAAAGCCUGAGGUAUUUGUAGCCCCUUGACAUGGGGAUAACAAAUCUUGCCAUUUAUAUGCAUUAUAAAUUUUGGAAGUUA